AUGUUAUGCAUUGACAGCAUCCCAUCAGAUUUCAUCAACUUGUUCAAUGCCAUAUCCACACACGGUCUGCUCGCAGCCUAUCUUACGCACGGUGACCCAAAAGCCUUGAAUAAACACAAUCUCUGGAAAGCCACAUGGCCAACCCUUGCAGACUUUGAGGAAGGAAUGCCCAUUCUCUGGCCUCAAGAGCUUGGGGGUUCAGGUCUGAAGACUCCAAUCUCUACAUCCAGCGGAACUUCUUCUGCUACUGAAUCAGCCGUCUUACUACCACCAUCAAUUUCCGGAUCAUGGAAUACAAUUCGCAAAAAGCCACUCACAACAGAAUACGAAACAGAACAUCAGAAUCUACUUACUCAACAAGAGGCGCGAUUACGGGAUGCAUGGCGAAACGUCAUUACCGUCUUCCCAGACACAGAUUGGGAGACGUUCUCGUAUCAUUGGUUGAUUGUUAAUACGAGGAGUUUCUAUUAUCUGAUGCCUGGGCAAGAGCGGCCAGAAGACAAGAAUGAUGCAAUGGCUAUGGUGCCGUUUGCGGAUUAUUUUAAUCAUACUGAUGAUGCGGAAUGUGAGGUACACUUUGAUGGGAAGAGUUAUACUUUUCGGGCGACGAGAUUAUAUAAAAAGGGGGAGGAGAUAUACAUGAGCUACGGCCCACAUCCAAAUGACUUUCUCUUUGUUGAAUAUGGAUUCUACCUCGAAACCAAUGAAUUCGAUGCCCUGUUCCUGGACGAUAUAAUAUUCAAAGACUUGACCGUCGCCGAAAAGGAAGAACUAAUAGAACAACGAUAUUACGGGAAUUACCAACUCACACUCGACUCCGGGCCCUGUUUCCGGACGGAAGUUGCAGCGAGUAUGAAAUGCAUGUCGCGGCGUAAUUGGCGAAAUUACAUCCAGGGCCGCGGCGCACCACCGAAUACUGUGAAGGUUAAUGCUAUUAUCAGGGAUUGGAUUGAGACAUAUCUCAAAGAAGCUAAUGUGAUAAUGGAAAAAUUGGAGGAAAUGCUCUCCAAAGAAAAAGAUGGACUUGCGCAGGGGAAGAUCAGGAUGUUAAUAGGACGGUGGGAGCAGAUCAAAAGGCAAUGUAAUGGUGUGAUUUCGAAGCUUGAGUGA